AUGAGAAUGUGGGACUCUUCUCGUAGCCCAAGUGCCCUACUCCAGCCUGGAAACCGCGUCCGUUUCGUGACUAUAGAUGAUGCUGAACUACCAGUGCAUGUGAUAUCCGAUUCUCCUACUUCGAUAUCGGAUCAACAUACCAUACCUCCUCAAGAGGACUGCGAUCAGUUCAAAGUGAUCACUGCACCAUUCCCGGCUCUAUUUCAAGAUUUCGGUCGCUCCGGCCAAUCCAGUCAAGGUGUUUCUGCCUCCGGGGCUUUAGAUCCACCCUCAUUGAAAGCUGCCAAUCGAGUAGUGGGGAAUCCGGUCAAUACUCCAUGUCUCGAAAUUAUGCCGGGUGUAUUUUCAUUUGAGAGCAGCGCUCGGGUAGUUAUAGGCUAUGCAGGAGCGCCUUGCAUGGUCACUAUUCAGGAUGUGAGAGGCCAUACAAGAACGGUGACGAACUUGCAGCCGGCAGCAGUGGAGCCCGGAGAUGUUGUGAAAUUCGGUCAUGCAAAUGCUGGUGUGCGCUGCUAUUUAGCCGUACGCGGCGGAUUCGAUGUCAAUGAAGUAUUAGGAAGUGCAGCUACAGAUACCUUGGCAAAUCUGGGGCCUAAACCAGUGACAGCUGGCAGAGCCUUGAAGCUCAGGAAUUCCAGGUGCAACCUUAUGAGCGUUUCUCUGAACGAGACUUCGACGUUGAUUCUUCCUAAAGCUGGUGAUGUCCUGGUUCUGGAUGUCGUGCUUGGACCUCGAACAGAAUGGUUCACUUCAAAAGGGCUAGAAACUUUCACUCAACAGCAGUGGAAUGUUACACCUGACUCAAGUCGUGUUGGAAUUCGGUUAUCGGGUGAUAUCCCUAUCGAGCGCGAAAGAAAUGACGAAUUACCAAGUGAGGGAACAGUAAAAGGUGCUAUUCAAGUUCCUCCUACAGGUCAGCCAGUCCUAUUCCUUGCCGAUCAUCCACUCACAGGAGGCUACCCUGUAAUCGGAGCUGUGGCUGAACAUCAUCUGGAUCUCCUUGGCCAGCUUCCAGUUAAUACCAAGAUUCGCCUCCGACCCCUCGCACCAUUUUCAGAGAUAGUGGGCGUUUUGAAUUGA